UUUGGAGCGCCCGCACAUAGAGCGGCGCUGUCGUCGUCGGCUUCAAGCAGAAGUUUCUUGGGCAGCAACCAAUCGGAGAUGACCAGUAACCUUGCUUGCUUGAGUAUGGCGGUUGUACUUUACGCAGGAUCUCCAUGACGGAAGAAAAAGCAAUGGAGAGCGGAAAUCUUUCGCCCCUUGGUGGCUCCGAGGAGCAGGAUCCGCUCUGUGCCAUAUGCAACAGUGGUUACAAGCAACCUAGAUUGCUGGCCUGCCUGCACACCUACUGCGAGACUUGUCUUGAAUCGACAUUAGAAAAGCAGGCUGCGGCAAACAAAAGCAGCUCUGGGAAACAUGAACUCGAAUGCCCCAAAUGCAGCCACAAGACAAAAAUUGUGGGGCGAGGUGUUGUGGACAGCUGCCCACUGGAGCACAUAAUGGUGAACGAGCUGGACCGUGCUGCACUGGAAACUCUGAGCAUGGUGUGCACCUCGUGCAAGGCCAAGGAGACGGCGGUUGCCCGCUGCAAUGACUGUGCCUCCUUCUUGUGCAACAACUGUGUGACUGCGCACCGCUACAUGCGCUGCUUUGAGAGCCAUGCUGUGGUGACCUUCGAAGAGUUGGGGGGUGCACCAGACCCUGACCAGAUGGCUCAGGUACAUCGGCCACUCACCUGCCUCACCCACACCAGCGAGCUGCUCAAGCACUACUGCCUCACUUGUCAGGUGCCUAUCUGCAAUGAGUGCACGCUGGGUGAGCACAAACCCCCUGACCACGAGUGUGAACGUGCCUCUGAGGCAGGUGCCAAGCAGCGAGAGGAGAUGAAGACGUUGCUCACAGAAAGCAAGAACCACCUGCAGUCUUUCGAAGAGUCUCUCGAACUUCUGCAAAAUGGUCUCACAGACCUCCAGCAACAGCGGGACACAGCCAAGACUGCAAUCCAGGAAGCGUUCGAGAAGUUCAAGUCUCUUCUGGAAAAGCGCCAGGAAGAGCUCCUUGAAGAACUGGAGAAGUUGCACUCCGAGGAAGAGCUGCACAUAAUGGACUCGCUGCACCUAGCAGAGAAGACUACAGAGCACAUUGAAGAGGCCUGCGACUUUGGGAACCGCCUGUUGGAACAUGCGAACGCUGUUGAGCUCCUGUCUCUUAAACAGGUGGUGAGCACACGCCUAAGGAGCCUUAUUGCGGACACCCCAAAGCUGGAAGCACCAGGCGAAAUAAGGUUCGAGUUUAACAUUGAGCACUUUGAAAGGAUGCUGGCUUCUCUCUGCGGCCAGUUGCGACAACCUCGGAUCGUGUCUGUUCCUUCACCGCCACCACCAGCACAACAGGCCCCUCUGUCAGCAUCGCCAACUCCUUCCUCCUCUCCCGUGGGUUGUCUUGGGGGCAAUGCUUCUUCCUCGCCCAUCCAUUCUGCCUCCUCGUCUAUAGGUGGAGGCAACAUGUCUCCACUGCAUUCCGCAGCACCGUCGCUCGGAGGUGGUGCUAGCAAUGGCGCACCCAUGGUUGUUGGGUGCACUAGCAUGUCCCCAAUCCACACCAGCGCGUCUCUGGUAGCUGCUGCAGGGGGUGUGGGCAGUCUGUCGCCACCUCUCCAUCACUCUGGAGCGUCGUCGUUAGAUGAUGCGGCGGCAGCUGGAGAUCCGUUUGCAGCACUUUCUGCAGGAGCGCCCCUGGAGGUUGGCCUGCUGACAAGUGCAGCAGCACAGUACAACCUAGCACGCCUCGCAAACAUGGCAGAAGGCCCUGAGGAUCCAGAGACAAACCCCGAUGGUCCUGUCACAAUGGCAGAUCUGCUGCUGGACCCGUCGCUAAGUGUGUCGGCAGCAGAGCAGAAUGUGCUGAACAACCUGACUGCCCUCGCCAAGCUUGGCUCGGUGUCGCUCAACAAUGCAGGCCAAAUCAUGUUGAACGGCCAGGUAGUGCCAGGGCUGACUCUGGAGGCAAACGCACAGACGUCUCCUCCUCCCCCUCUGCUCUCCUCUGGGCGGCCGAGCAGCAGCAGCAGUGGCAGCCUUGGCUCACAUCAGCAGCUGCUGGACUCACUGCUGAAUGGCUCAGCGCUGUCCCCACGCUCCUCUUCUCGAGGCUCACCCAUGCUUGACAGCCUGGUCAAUGGCAGCUCCAUACUGGGACAAAGGGUGCCCAUCCUGGCAGCUGGCAGCGGUCUCGUGUCUCCGUCACUGUCUGUGCAAUCUGGGUACGUGCCUCCUCCACGUAGUGCCAGUACGAAGUUGAACACGAUGCAGAUAAGGUGCAAAUUUGGCCAAUUGGGCCCGAGCAAGGGCCAGUUCAGCUCACCCCAUGGCUUCUGCUUGGGCCUAGAUGAAGAGAUUAUAGUGGCCGACACCAACAAUCAUCGCAUCCAGGUGUUUGACAAGUCUGGGGAGUUUAAGUACACCUUUGGAGUGGCUGGAAAGGAGGAAGGACAGCUGUGGUAUCCCCGAAAGGUGGCUGUUAUCAAGAGCAGCGGCAAGUAUGUCAUUUGCGAUCGAGGGAACGAGCGGUCACGUAUGCAGAUCUUCACCAAGGGUGGCCACUUUAUCAAGAAGAUUGCAAUUCGUUACAUCGACAUUGUAGCAGGCCUGGCCAUCACUUCUGAGAAUAAGAUUGUUGCUGUGGACAGCGUUUCGCCGACUGUCUUCGUCAUUUCAGAAGCAGGCGAGCUUCUGCUCUGGUUUGACUGCAGCGAGUACAUGAGGGAGCCCUCGGACAUUGCCAUCAGUGGCCGAGAGUACUACAUCUGUGAUUUCAAGGGCCACUGUGUCAUAGUGUUCAAUGAUGAAGGUCACUAUAUCCGCAAGAUUGGCUGUGACGGCAUGACCAACUUCCCCAACGGUAUCGACAUCAGCGACGCGGGUGACGUGCUUGUGGGGGACAGCCAUGGCAAUCGUUUUCAUGUUGUGGUCUUCUCACGCGACGGCCUGCUGCUGUCUGAGUUUGAGUGCCCCUACGUGAAAGUGAGCCGCUGCUGUGGUCUCAAGAUCACCUCAGAGGGCUAUGUGGUCACAUUGGCAAAGAACAACCACCAUGUGCUUGUGCUCAACACUCUUUACAUUGUCUGAAGGGUUGAUGGGAGUGCCCCACCUCCGACGCAGCGUGUUUUCGGCUGGCUGCUUUUUUUUUUUUUUUUUUUGACCCUUGUUACCACUGGGCAGCCUCCCAUGUGCUCCUUGCCCUUGCUGCACACUCGCCCUCUCCUCCUGACCUCCUCCGGCAUCCUUUUGAUGCACACGUGUCGGCUCUGUUUGGCGGCACCAAGGAGGAGGCCUGCUCCCCUGGCUCACUGUCUUCGGUUGAUCACUCGGCGUUUUCCACCAUCACGUUGUUGUCCCUCAUUUCAUUAGGUGCCUUAUCGUGAUUUUUGCUUGUUAGCUUCACUGCCUCAUUUAUUGCUGUUUUUGUAUAGCCCUAUCCCCACCUGCCUUGAUAUUGCUUGGUUGAUUCUCGCACUUCCUCUGACUCCCCUUUUUUUUCCUCUCGCAAAUUUUAAAGCAGAAGCUCCUUGGAACUGUUACUGGGCAUUGUUACUCUUCCUAAGAAGGGCUUCACAUGAGCACAGUUUCCAAGGCACACAAGCACAGUGCAUAGCUCACUGUCAUUGCUAGUGAUGUGGCUUUUGGCACUCCCAACUUCUUUGGGUGCUGUGGGCGGUUAGUAGCCAUAAAUUAACUGUUAUCUCUCUCUCUCUCCUUUUUUUCCCCCCAGGUUAGUCUAUUUUGUGACACUUCCUCGCUCUGCAUUUUGUGUUGCCCAUUGCACGUCAUCUUUUUAAAAUUUUACCACUUUCUUCGGUUGCUCUCCUGUCUUUGUCUGCAUCCUCUGUGCGUUAACGAUUAUUAGCUAGGCUCCCAAAGACACAAAGUAAUAAUGCCUUGCUGUUCACACCAUUUAGCAUCGUUUCUCUCAUGCAUCCCCCUUGUUCCCCCACUGCUGUUCCUGUCCAUUUCUGAAGAGCGAGCGAGUGCUUGGGCGGUGUUGUGUUGUAGCGCCGUGUUCUUCACUGCUGCUCACCUUUCCCGGCCACUUAGUUUCGCACACGAGCUUGAGAAGACACACAAAUUGCUAACUGUGAUAUUCUUCAAAUGUUUUUUGCUGUGUAGUUAAGUGUUAACAUUUCAUUUAUUUUUUCUUCAAUGAACUCUUCGAAAACAGUCCCUUGUCUGGCCUGUAAUCUCAUCUUUAAGGUUCAAUCUUUUUUUUCCAUUUUUUACUUGGAAGUAUUUCUUCUGGCCAGUUGUUCUUGCGAGUGUAAUCAAGCAUUACAGUCUUGUAAGCUAUUCCAGUACAAACAUUUGUUUCUUCUCAUUCUGAAAAUUUUUUUUUCUCGAUUUUUCAAUGCGCGUCGCCAUGUUGAGGCGCGACAUUCCCUGCCUUAGCUAGGAGCUUGUUUUGUGCUCCUGUUAGUCUUCUGGAUAGCCGUCUACUUAGCGUGUAAAAAUGAAAACGCAUGUUUAUAACAUGGCUGGUCUCUCAACAUAAUAGCAGCUAUGUGCAAGUCUGCUGGCACCAAAUUGGCAGUUUAGAAGCCUUCUGUGCUCGGCAUUUACAUUCUUGCAUUUUCGCUAUAUUUGCAGUGGUGGUUUUAUGUGCCCCCUUCAGUCAGCAUCCAACUUUAUUGCUGCCGACGUGACUCUUUUUUUUUUUUUUUACUGUUUAUUUUUCUAAAGAAAGAAAAAAAAGAUAUAACAAUUUUUUUCUGUGUAAUCUUGCACAUAACAGCUGUUUUCUAUAAUAUUUGUAAUUACACCAGUCCCUUAUGUAUAACAUUUACAGCUAAAAAAUAUUAGUUACAGAUUGGGCUUCUUUUUGGUUCCUGCUAGGUAUUCUCAGGUUUAGCGUCAACCAUUCGAAGACACCGACCGUCUAGGAGAAUCAUAUGAAUAUAUAUACAUAAUAUAUAUAUGUAUACACACAACAUAUAUAUACCCUCGUGCCUAGUCCUUUUACUAUGAUUUAGUGGUUUUUUUAUACAUAUAUAUAUAUAUAGUAUAUACAUAGCGAAAUGUGCCAUGUGGGUUCACUCCCAGCUCUGUUCUGAAGUGAAAGAAAAAAGAAGAAAAAAAAAAGACAGUAUGUGUUGCACUAUGUACCAGUACUCGCAGGUAUAUCACAAAAGUGUAAACGGCUGAAACUGUAUUUACAUACAAGCAGCAGCAACAGCCGCCACUGCAGCAACGUUGUCAUCGUCGUUGAAGGAGAUUUGUCACACAAUCUUCCCGCUCUUUAUCAACUCCUCUCAGCGUGAGCACUCACAUCCUUCUACCAACUACUUCCAUAUCCUCCCCCGUUUCCCCUCUGUGCUGCACUCUCGAGAGCUAAUAGAACGGAAAAAAAAAAAAAAAAAAAGAUGCUCAAGCGGCUCUUGUGUCUUCUCACGCCCAGUCCUGACUUACCUCCCACCCACCCACCUACACCCUCUCUACCAUCUUUCAAACUGCUGACACUCCAGAGGCUGUUCCUGCUUUCAAGAAAAACUACCAUGGUAGUGAGCAGCUUCUUUGUUAUCUUUUUACUCGCGUCUGUUCUGUUUUUUGUUUCACGCCUUUGUUUGUGUGGCUGUUAUAGUUAUGGUCAUCAUCCCUCCUUUCUCCGUUUUGUUUUUUUCUUCUUAUUCUUGUUUGUUUGGUUUUAGAGAGGUGCCUGCCAACUGCAUGCAGGCAGAUAAUUGUGCGAUCGGUGUCCCAGGUCAGUCGUAUAGUGUAGAAUGGUGUUUUUUACAGUAACAUGUUAUAGCUGAGCCUGGCUGCUGCUUCCUCGAGCCAAGGGAGUAGUGGGAAGGAGGAGGAGGAGGUGUGUGCACUUGCUUCGGAGGUGGGGCUGUUGCGUGGGCUGCAGUAUGCACUGCAUUUCGCAGUGAAGAGAGCAAAGAGAGGGGGAAAAAAGAAUACUUGCAGCCAAAAGUUCCUGUUUUUUUUUUUUUUUUUUGUCCACUUGACAAGCUUGUUGUGCUUUAUUUUCCUUCUUUUUUUCAUGAGGGCACUUUGUCUCGUGCUGCAUUACUUGGGGCUUCAUUGACUUGUGUGUCUGCAGAGGUUUUCCUCUAUAAUUUUUUUUCUUGCACUGUUUGUGCAACCUGUACGAAGUGUGGUGGGUGCAUUUGGCACCUUUCUCGGUUAACACCAAUGCAUUUGGUUUUUCCUCCACCUAAAGAAAAAAAAAAAAGAUGUCGGUAGUCACAUAGGUUUUGUUGGGCAAGCUGAAUUUUGCUGCUCACUUUCAUUCCUUAGCUGUGCACUUUUUUUUUCUUUUUUUUUUUUUCAACUUCUUUGCAACCUCCUCGCCAAUAUCGUCCUUUUAGCCACCUUCCCGUCCUAAUUUGUGCUUACUCCAGCUCGUUCUCAUUGCACAGUUAAAUUACACACACAUUGCCUGGUGUGUACACAUUUUCUACAUGUACCUCAAUUUACAUCUUAAUUUUGAUGUCAUGCAGCUAUGCGGCAUGGGCUUCAUGCUGGUUGGAUAGGAGCAGAAGUGCAGUUGUCGUUAUUAUACAUUUUGUUUCCUGCUUUUUGUUCUUGCCCCAUGCAUCCCGUCAUAUGUUUGCCAACUUUGCAAACAGCAUUGUGUAGGUUUCUCCAGAUUCUGCUUUGUUUCGUAAGAUUUUACAAUUAGCUUGUCUUUAUGUGUCCUUUCAUCUGACUUGUGUAGUGUGUUGCCUGCAAUCGUUUCCUUUUUCUUUAUUUGUUGAGUGUACAUUCUGAGAAGAAAGGACAAUUUACCUUUAGAGCGUUCUCUCUUUUUUUUUUUUUUUUUCUUUCUGUCCUCAGUUUUUCAUUGCCAUUUUCUUCUUCAUUCACAGUGCAUUUGCAUCUCUAGCGUGCCUGAUGUUACGUACACACACAUAUAUAUAUAUAUAUAUACACACAUAUACUUACCAUGUUAUUAUUAACAGUGAUGGAGAGUUUGCUGCCACGUGUUCUACUCCCGUGUGGCGCUUGAGUAUACGCGCUGCUGUGUUGUCGCUUUGCACUCUAGCAAAGCCGCGCAUCGCAUGUGUGUUGCCAGCAAUAUUGUGGAGGGAUGGGACAGCAGCAAGCAGCAGCCAAGAGCGAGCGCUUUCACCAACAUUCCAUGGCAGCCACUUUUUAGGCGCUCUAUAUAUUUUUCUUUAAACUGUUGAAAGAUGAAAUUGCCUUCUUUUACCGGAUCUUAUACAACCCCCUCCUUUAUGAAUAACUUGUGGUGCCCUACCCUUCGUCUUCGUUUUGAGGAGUCUCACCUUCAGUGAUGAGACAAAAAAAAAAAACAACUAACUUCUUUGUCUUUUAUUGAGAGGCAGUACAAUGCUUUUUUUCCCAGCAACAUGUGGCGGCAAAACCCAUAUUACACAGUGUUCAUUUUUAUAACAUUCUUUUUCUUUCCUUUAAAAAGCCCUUGCCUUUUCUCUCUUCUGUGCCUUUCUUGUUUUUCUUUUGCAAGUUUUUGCAAGGCAUCCAUGUGUGCAUACAUUUACAUGCAUCUAGUCAGAAUCUUGAGCACUUGUGUGCUGUUUUUUUUUUUUUUUUUUCUGUGUGAGCUUAUUAGAAAGGUGUUGACAGUUUGAAAGAAGUGUACCCUGCUUUCCUUUUGGAAGCUGAUCCUUUGGCUUUGCUGGUUUAUUAUCAUCACUUUUUUUUCCUUGUUUGCUCUUUUCUUUGACCUUAUAUUUAAUUGAGGUAUUUUAUGGCUAUUAAAACCUUGUUAGUGCCUGUAUAAGCAUGUGAACCUCGCUUUGAAAAGUGCUUUUCCGUAGAGUGCUUUAUUGAUAUGCAUAGAGGUUUGGUGAGUGUCUUACCAUGUGGGGGCACCAGCUGUUUUGGGUGCAUUGCGUUUCCUUUGGCAUUUUUGUCUCUUGCCAAAAAUGCCCCAAACAUUGGAGUGUGUCAUGCACCUGUGUGCUUGCAGCAAUGAAUUGCUAUGUAGUGCUUCAGAAGCAUUCAAUCGGUAACAAAAAAAAAAAAAGAAAGAAAAAGUCUCGUGUCAGGUAUCAACUUCAGAGGAACAAAGUGAAGCAUAAUAGGACUUCUCACAUUUACAAGAUAUUUCUUUCUCACUUGUGUCUUUUUUAACUUUUUUUUUUGGUAAGCUUGCGAGUUGUAGGGGUUUGUUUUUGCAAUAUGUCUUUGUGCGCAUGUGUGGUGAUACGUUUUUUUUUUUUUUUUUUUUUUUAUCGGCUUAUUUUACAAAUCACUGUGACAAGACUGUGACACUCAUUUUUAUUUCUGAAAUUGUCGGGGACAGGCAUUUCCCCAACUGACAAGCCUUUAUUUGCACGUAGUCUGCCAAUAUUAUUAUUAUACAAUAUGAAUAUUAUACUAUUGUAUAUUAUACAUUACCCAAUGGGGAUUGUUUUCUGGGGAAAGGGCAGUAUUUCUUCCAAUGUUUGUUCUCGCAGGGUCCUUAAUAUUCUGUUUUAUUUUUGUGUCUUUCAGUGAAGAGAGAGCUGUUUGUGGAGUACAUAGAACAUGCCUCUCAUCUACUUGAUGGGGUUGAUGAGACAAGGCCUUUUAUUUGUUUUCCCCUUUCCCUUGUUGAUACUUUUACAAACCAUACUUUUUUUUUUGCAUAAUCUUUCUUGGCAAGUAGCUUACGGUUUACUGCACUGCUUCGCAAUGUUUACUGUUCUUAACCUUCACAAGGUCAUCUCGUACGCUAUUGCACCAUAUCUGCUAGUGCCUUUCUGUUAAUAUUGAGCAAAGACUAGCUCGUGCAGCUUUCAUUUUCCUCACUUGCUGUUGUUCACUGCGAUUGCCACGACUCAUCAACUAUGCACACCAUUGCUCUUUUAUUGGCAGCGUAUAUCUGUUAUCUCCUCAAUCAACUUGCCACAACAUUGGAAAGAAAAAAAGAAAAACGGUUUGAAGAUCGUCAAUAUGAAUUUCCUCUCUCCUUGCACAUUUUCUUCAGUCCACCCCUUACCCACUCUUCACGAGAUAUAUGUAUGCAUAUAUAUAUAUUUUUUUUUUCUUUUAUGACUUGUUUACUGCUUAGGCUGUUUCUGCAGCUUGUACUACCAGACUAGUCCAUUUAUAUUGAGACAGUGUGAAAUGAAGCUUACACAAACUUAGUAUCGAAGACUGCAUGAGUGAGAUUUAAGGAUCGGAAAGAGAGAAUGAGUAACCACCGUGCUGACCCCCCCCCCCCCCCUUUUCCUUUUGUUUUUGUUUGUUUUUACUGCCUUUUACCUCAGUAGCUCCACACAUGCACUACACCCCUUGUUUGCCGUCGGGUUCUCCUUGUCUAGCAGAAAGCAGAUAUGUCAGGUGUGUCCGAGUCAACCACGCAGUGAACAAGCCAUGUGUGUGUGUGUGUGUGUGUGUGUAGGAAGAGAGCCUAUUUUUUGCGUUUUCUUUUUCCACUCUUAAUCUAUGCAAAAAUGUUAUUUUGCCUAUGGCAUGUGCUUGCAACAGUGGUUGGCCGCCGCGGUUUUGCUGUAAGAGCUCAGUCAGUAUUCCAGGGGCCCAGUCUUGCUUGCUGCUGUUGUGGCACUCCCCUGUCUCUCCCCGCCCUAUCCCCAUUUCUCCGAGUCUCCCUUUGCGGUGUGGCAUUGCCCGCUUUGCCAAGGACAAGCACCACCGAACACUCGAAUAAUCCUAGAGCAAUAAAGAGGUUUGCUAGACACUACACAGCGAGGCCCCCAGAGCAGUCGCUUUUUCAGGCCAUAAACUGCUUCGAUUCGCACCUGCACAGUUUCAGACGCUGCCGUGACCGGGUUUCCCUUUUGCUUCCCGUUCCUGGUUCUUGCAGUCGGGGAGACUUGUCCUGGCUUUUGCAAUGGGAGAGGCGAGUCUCGUGUAGUUGGCAUGCGACGUUGAAGACAAGGCCACCUGGGCAUUGUUGCAGCUGUAGCUGCCUCGUUCGGCCGCACUGCGAGAGGCAUUAUGCUGAAGUUGGUGUGUUUGUCGGCUGUCGUUGCCAUGAUUCUAGGGUGCUCUUCGUUCCACUAGGGCUGUUGCUGCAGCGUGCAGUCUUUAGUGUUUGAUCAGAAGCAUGUAGGUUACUUCACGUGCGUGAAGGUUGCAGUUGAAGCUUGCCAUUGCAGUCCUGUAGUUCGUCUGGCAUGUUUCAUGUUUUGUACAGUGACACACUUGACUACAACGUGAAGCAUUGAGCAUGCCUGAUGGGCUUUAAGAGUUCUAUUAUGCGACUCGGCAAGUGUUUUGGUCACGUGAAAGUGUUAUGCACUUUCUUGACGAAGACUGCACUUGUAGAGUUGCUCUGAGAAAAGCAGCUCGUAGCACUGCCUCGAAAGAAAUGCACCAGAGAAUCAUGGCCACAAAUGGUGCGUGACAUGACAGAAACGCCUAUUUUGGCAUAAGGUUUUACAGUGUGGUUUGAUUGCACAGGGUGUGGAUAUAUCUUGUUGGCACCUUCAAAGGUAUCCUAGUGGCAGGCAAAGCGUCUGAUGAGCUGCUAAUCCUAUGUGGCAGACAUCUUUAGCGGCAUGCCCAGUGCAGCAGUGCGUGCAGAUAUCGAGGGGAAGGUGUGACUUCUCAUUGCUAGCGUUUCCAGUGCUUCCGGGCGUUAAACAAAUAUAUAUGUAUACUAUAUAUACACCUUUUUUCUCUCAUUCCUCGAAUUCACCCGACCCCUACUGCACCACUUCAAGGCAGAAAAGAUUGUGUUAUCUCUCACUCUCUCUCAUUGUAAAAGCCAAAAGUAGACCAAAUUCCUUGGGCCAUCCUUGUUGCAAGUGAUGUCAUGUGGUAGUUCUCUGAAGUGUUGAGAAAAGUGUCGACGAAAAGUGAAAAAAAAAAAAGUUAUUUUUUCUCCCUCUUUUCAAUCCCCCAUGAUGUUUCCGUGGUUUACACUUUUGAGACGUUUAAUGUUUAUGUAUUUUACACGAGCACUGAUAUAUUUUUGGUGCUGUUUUACAAUGGCAAGAAGUUAAAAGUGGUAAAAACAAAAAAAAAAAUAGAUGUGCAGUUCACCUAAGCUUGCAGACAGCAAGUACGUUACCAUGCUAAGCAGGAGAGGAUAGGAGGUGACGAAAUAAAAAAAAAGAGCAGCCAUUUUUUUGCCAUCCAAGCUGGAUCUUGUUGAGAUUUUCGCGCUGGCUUUGUGCCUACAUGGCUGUUCAUUACAUAAGUGGAGGUGAUGGAGAAGAAAAAAAGCAAGUUGAAGUAUAUAUACAUAUAUAUGUUGGUACAAAGCAGUUUUUUCUUGUCUCGGUUGCAUGGCUCGCGUGAGCGUUCAAGACACUAUUGUCUGGGCAUUUGCUGAACCAUGCGUCCGAGAUGCUCGGUUAUAUUGCAUUUACUUGUACUAUUUUUGGAAAGCAGUUAAAUGGAAAUGAUUUGUAACAAUGUUUCAUGUUAAUUCCAAUAAAAGGCAGUUGCAACCGUU